AUGGCUUCAAGGGAUAAUUAUUUGACUCAUUUCUCCACGAAGUAUGUGAAGCUCGUGCAAGAACAAGUAGUUACAUUGAAUGUUGACAUGUGUUUUGAAUGUGAUAAACGACAAUCGCCUAAUCCAUCAACCAUAACUAAUAUUUCAUGCAUUUUACGCAUGUUUAGGUCGAGCGAGAAAGGCAAGUCAUUAGAGGACUUUCAUUUAGUAAGGGCACUAUUAAAAUUAGCAUCAAAAUUUAAAAGAGAUCAAGUGCAGUUGUGCAUGAAAAUUUCUCACAGAAAUCCCAUGCUGUUGACUUUUCUCAGCUUUACUUGGCAAUAUUUUAUGUUGUGGACUUUCACGAAAAUAUUUAUUUGCAACAUUCAUUCAGUAUAUCAAACAGAAAAGGUAGAAGAAGAAAAAGAAGAAGAAAACAUUUGUGCUCAAAAUUUAAAGUUAGAGUUAAGAAGUGUAAUCACGCAAGAGAAUGAAAUUACUUCGCGCCCAUUGAAUGAAAAGUCAUUGAACCCGAUCGACCAGAAUAUGUUACAAGUUGUACACCAACAACAUUAUUAUGCUGCAUUGCAAUAUGUUCGUGAAAGUGAUACCGACUCACCUACUGCAAUCUAUUUUGCUGCUUGUUUUUCAAAUUCUCUUUAUUCAACUACGCAUGAUCAAAAACUUGGGCAUAUUGAAAAAUUUAUUGUUUUCCAACGUCAUACGAAGAAGUCUACCAGCUGGCAACAUCAAAGGAGUUUUUUGGAAAAUUUUAUUAGGUCAUUCAUGCGCAUGUGUUGA